AAACCCACAGCUUUCGCCCUUGAUGUCACACCCAAAUUCUCAUCGCAAAACGCUCAAAUGGCUGCUGCUCUAAAGGCACCUUCCACUUUCUUUCAAUUAAAGACAUCUGGUUCCCAUUCUUUCCCCCGCUUUACCUCUCACACUGUUUCACUUUCCGCUAAAAGAUUCGCUCCCAUGGCUUCUCUCGCCGUUUCUUCCUCUGUUGGUCUUGCUGAAACUUUCUCUAGAUUGAAACAACAAGGCAAAGUGGCCCUUAUUCCAUACAUCACAGCUGGUGAUCCUGAUCUUUCAACCACUGCGGAAGCAUUGAAGGUGCUUGAUUCCUGUGGAUCAGACAUAAUUGAAUUGGGUGUUCCAUAUUCUGAUCCUUUGGCAGAUGGUCCAGUCAUCCAGGCUGCAGCAACACGUUCCUUGGCAAGAGGGACCAACUUCAAUGCCAUUAUUUCUAUGUUGAAGGAGGUGGUUCCGCAAUUAUCUUGUCCAAUUGCGUUGUUUACUUAUUACAACCCAAUUCUUAGGCGUGGAGUGGAGAAGGUUAUGUCCACCAUAAGCGAUAUUGGUGUGCACGGGCUUGUGGUUCCAGAUGUCCCUCUAGAGGAGACUGAAUCUUUAAGGAAGGAAGCCAUUAAACAUAAUAUUGAGCUGGUUCUACUUACAACUCCCACUACUCCAAGAGAUCGAAUGAAAUCCAUUGUUGAAGUAUCAGAGGGAUUUAUCUAUCUUGUAAGCUCAGUUGGAGUUACGGGGGCACGAGCAUCUGUCAGUGACAGAGUUCAAAAUCUUAUCCAAGAAAUCAAAGAGGCAUCAACUAUACCAGUAGCAGUUGGCUUCGGCAUAUCGAAGCCCGAGCAUGUGAAACAAUUGGCGGCGUGGGGAGCUGACGGCGUGAUCGUUGGGAGUGCAAUGGUGAAGCUACUGGGCGAAGCGAAAUCUCCAGAGGAAGGACUGAAAGAGCUUGAAAAUUUCACAAAAUCCUUAAAAUCUGCACUGCCAUGAGGACAAUUUUAUGGCAUCAAAUUAAGAUUUUGGCUCUUGUUUUGAACUUCCAAUAUACAUUUCGAAUGGAAUAAAGUAAUUUGUAUUGUCUAGUGUAUGACAUAUUAAAUUUCGUUUCUCUGA